UUUUAUUUAAUUUCUAAUAACUAUAAUAAAAUAAAAAAAAACGACAAAAAUUUCUCCUCUAUAAAGCCGCCUCCGUUCGUUCUUUUUUCCGCGUCCUUGCCUCAUUUUGCGCCUUCUUUCUUUCUAUUUCCUUUGUCUUCUUUAUUUCAUUUCCCGUUCUUCUUCUCUGAUCGGUCGGCGGCGAUGGCGGGAGCGAGGGAGAAUAACGUGUGCAUGGCGAAGCUCGCCGAGAAGGCGAAGCGGUACGAGGAGAUGGUGGAGUUCAUGGAGAAUGUGGCGGCGGCGGCGGCGGCGGCGGCGGAGGGGGAGGAGCUUACCGUGGAGGAGCGCAACCUCCUCUCGGUGGCCUACAAGAAGGUCAUCAACGACCGCCGGGACUCGUGGCGGAUUGUGUCGUCGACCGAGCAGGAGGAGAGCCGCGGCAACGAGGACUACGCCGCGGACAUCCGCGACUACCGUGCCAACAUCGAGGCCGACCUCACUAGCAGAUGCGCCGGGAUUCUCAGGCUGCUGGACGCAAGCCUCAUUCCCUCCGCUUCCACCGCCGACUCCAAGGCAUUCUACCACAAGAUGAAGGGCGACUUCCACCGCUAUCUCGCCGAGUUCAAGACCGGCUCCGAAAGGGAUGACGCUGCGGAGAGUGCUCUCGCCGCACAGGUCUCCAGUCUUUUUCUGGCUCUCUUUGGGUUCCGAUCCGAUCCGGCGAUCCGCUCCAUUUGCUAGAAUUAGGGUUUCGGAAUGGAGAUCCACUUGUUCCAUCUCAUGCAAUGCUAGGGUUAGAUUAUUGAUUUGAUUUCUUUUGAUAUGGACGGUGGUGAUGAUUAGUUGGGAUGAUGAAUUAUGUGAUCCGAUAGGAUAUUGCGACGGCUGAGCUGGCAUGGACGCACCCGAUCCGUUGGAUUUGUCCCUUCGCUUCUCGGUGUUUUACCACGAGAUCUUGGACUCCCCGGACCAGCCACGCACUCUCGCGA